AUGGUUCAGCCAACGGCGGGCGAAGUCCCCUACGGCUCGAGCUCAAUCCACUCGGGCGCAAUCGACUGCUCGGAACCCAUCAACUACGACAAUCUCAGGGGGAAGCUGAUUGUCAUCACCGGCGGAGCAUCUGGGUUCGGAAAGUCAUGUUUCGAGCUGUGGGCCAAAUACGGCGCCAACAUCAUCAUAGGCGACAUCAACGACAAGACGGGCACGGAACUUGUGGCACAGGUGCGAGCUUCCAGCGGGAAUCCCAACCACCACUUCAUCCACCUCGAUGUGACGAGCUGGGAGAGCCAAGCGGCGUUCUUCAAGCAAGCAGCCAGCCUCAGUCCACACGGAGGCAUCGACUGUGUCAUGGCCAAUGCCGGCAUAGCCGAUGGCCUAGAAAACGCCGUCUUCGAAGAACCACCGGACUACGCAAACAUGGACAACCCACCCCCACCGAAAAUGAGGACGCUCGAUACGAAUCUGGACGGGGUCAUGUUCACCACGAACCUGGCCUUGUCGUACCUGUCACGAAAUCCGGGCAGUGACAAGUGCAAGGUCGAUGGUGGGAAGACAGCACCGCGCGAUCGACAUUUGAUUCUCGUAUCCUCCAUCGCAGGUCUGGCGGGUCUCCCUUCCCAACCGAUCUAUGCCACGGCGAAGCACGGUGUGGUCGGACUGUUCCGGUCUCUGCGCAUCACGACGCCCAUCAAGCAUGGGAUCAGGGUGAACAUGAUCAACCCGUACUUUGUCGACACGCCUAUUCUAGGGUCGUUGGGCGCGCUUGUUCUCGCAGGAGGCGGAAUGGCUUCGAUAGAGGACGUGGUCGAAGCUACGACGCGCCUCGCGAGCGAUCAAGGCAUCAUUGGACGGGCACUGGUCAUCGCCUCAAAGACGACCGAGGAGCAUGCCCACGCGACGGGCCUGGAGAGAGUCGCAGGGAGUCAGGCGUAUUGGGACGUCUAUGCCCAUGAUUUCGAUCAAUCAGACCUGUUCACGAGGAGGAUCAUUGGUGUUACGAACUUGGUCACGCAGGCUCGAGGGUGGGCUGGCAUUGUGCAAGACGUGCGCAGAAAAAUCUCCGGAACUCUAUGGAAGAUGGUUGGAUACUAA